UGACAAUCGAUCGAAAUGGGUGCGAUGGUAAAAAUUCUAACGCUCUCCUGCUUUCUGGCCCUCACGCUGCCCACGUUGGCUGAGGUGGGCUGGUGGAAAACGGCCCAGUUCUAUCAGAUCUAUCCCAGAUCCUUUAAGGACAGCGGUGAUGAUGGUGUGGGCGAUAUCAAAGGCAUAACACAGCAGUUGGCUUAUCUGAAGGAAAUUGGCAUUACGGCCACCUGGCUCUCGCCGAUCUUCACUUCGCCCAUGGCUGACUUUGGCUAUGAUGUGGCCAACCUCACCGAUAUUGAUCCCAUCUUCGGCACAAUGGAGGACUUUGAAGGGCUCUUGGCACGCGCCAAAGAUCUUGACAUCAAGAUUAUCUUGGACUUUGUGCCCAACCACACCAGCGAUGAGUGCGACUGGUUUAUUCGGUCUGCGGCUGGUGAGGAGGAGUACAAGGACCUCUAUGUGUGGCACACCGGGAAGGUGGUGAACGGGAUCAGACAGCCACCCACCAACUGGAUUGGCGUGUUCCGUGGAUCCAUGUGGACGUGGCACGAGGGUCGUCAGGCCUACUACCUGCACCAGUUCCAUGCCAAGCAACCGGAUCUCAACUAUCGCAACCCCUCGCAGAUCCCCUUCAACUUCAAGCUGCUGGCGAACAUUGGCUUCGACUCCGACGCCUACCACUACUCGGAGCUGAUCCACAACUGGCUGGACAAUAUGCCCGAGGGCCAGGUGGCCAAUUGGGUGUUUGGCAACCACGACCAGAGUCGCAUUGGAUCCCGCCUCGGUGCCGACCGCAUCGAUGCCUGCAACAUGAUGGUGACUGACUCCCUGCCCGGAGUCAGCAUCACCUACCAGGGCGAGGAGAUGGGCAUGACAGACGUCUUUAUCAGCUGGGAGGACACUGUGGAUCCCCAGGCCUGCCAAACUAACGAGGAGGAGUUCGAGAGCCACACCCGUCCCUUCCAGUGGAGCGACGAGAAGAACGCUGACUUUAGCGAUGCCACAUGGCUGCCCGUGGGCCUGGACUACAAGCUGGUCAAUGUCAAGCGGGAACGCGGCAUUGCCCUGAGCCACCUGAACAUCUACAAGCAGCUUCGUGCACUGCGCGAUGAGCCCACCCUGAGGCAGGGAGAUGUCACCGUCACCGCCAUCGGUCCCAAUGUUUUGGCUUUCAAGCGCUCGCUGGCUGGCCAGAAGUCCUACAUAACUGUCAUCAACAUCAACGAUGAUGUUGAGUCGAUCAAUCUGGACUCGGUCUUUACCUCAAUCUCGUCGCAGCUACAGUACGUUGUGGUAAACGACAAGAGCGUCCGUCGGAAGAAUGAUCUGACUUUCGCCAACUCCGUGCUGCUUAUGCCCAAGGAAGCUGUUGUGCUGAGCAUUGUUUAAUAAAAUUUAAAAAAU